ACGGCAGUGGAGACUGAAAUCAAAAGCCUUCACGAGAGGUUCAACGCUCUAAAGGACCUUGCAAUCCAAGGCCUACAGAAGUGCUGUAUUGCUGUCCUAACAGUAGUCUACAUUCUCACCAACAUUCGGACACACCAACAUCGAUUAUUUCUCAAAGAGAAUCACAACGCUCUUCGGCAAUGUGAAGACCAUCUUCAUCUGUUUGGAUCUCUCAACUUCUACUGGAACUACCUCGCACCUGAUCUGCUCGACCACCUGAUCGGAGAACUGACUAAGAAACAUGAGGAUUUCAACACGACUGCUAGUGAGAUGACUGCCUACAAGAAGGAUCUGGAAGAGUUUAAAAAGCGUACGGCAUUGGUUCUGUUCUGUGAGGCUGACCCUCGGCCGCUCGAUGACGAUCCUCCACCUGGCUUCAGAAAGAUGGUAGUCAAGUUUGACUGGCCCCGAACUGCAACACUGGAAGAUGUGGAGAAGUUCAGGAGACGAUAUGCCAGCAGCUACGACCUUCAGACAUGUGCCAUGAUGUUAAACAGCAUUGGGACUGGAUCUUUCACCGUCACUUGGUUCGUACCUGUCUCAGUGGUGGAGAUGUUAAGGAAGAAGAGAGCAUUGGCUGUCUUCAAGGAGUUCAGUGUCACUAGACUAGACAUCCACACCUCAACACAGAUUUGUGUCUACCAAAUCCCUCCUCAGAGACCAGUAGCUCCAUCCUCAACCAGUGACAGCUCCGCAAUUGCUAAGUCUAAUGCUGCCAAC